AAUCAUGUUGGAAUUCUCGUGGGAUAAAAUAGCGAAGUUAAAUGAAGCUGACAUAGAUAUAGACAAUGCAAACUAUUACUGCCAAUUGUUUUUAGAUGUAUGCGCAGAUUCUCCACAUUAUUUGAUUAUUUCAGGCUAAUGUUGAGGACUGGGAUGAUAGUGAUCGACUUAAGCAUGUUUUUCAAAUUACUCAGACGUUGCUUAACCUAAAAUGGGAACAAUGGAAGUUAUCAGAGACAAGCUUGUCGGACAAAACCUCAGAAAUAAAUAAUCUGAAAGAUCAAAUAAGGGAACUAGAACAAGAAAACAAAGAUUUGCAAAAAGCAAUUUCUGCUUCUGGUCUUGAUAGAGGAAGCAUUGGUGAGACGAGGAGACUUGAGUUUAAAGUCGUCAAACUGCAAUCUGAACUAGAAUCCCUAAGGAUAGCCAAAGAUUCCUCUUUUAAAGAAAAAGAAGAACUUUUGAAUGAAAAAGGUGAUCUGGAAAGAAAAGUGGAACUGGUUUCAAAAGAAAAUAAGGAACUUCAGGAGCGUUGUGAGUACUUGCACCUGCAACUUCAGGAUCGACCCAGCUUUUUCGGUAAAAGUAAUGAUGAGGCUAAUUACAGAAAAGAAAUUUCCUCCUUACGUGCAAAAAUAAGGGUACAGAAAGCUGAAAUAGAUGGAUUAGAAGAUGAAAAACAGAAUUUAUGGAGUGAUGUCAAUCGUUUGGAGAGCAACCUUCGGCAAGCCAGCAUGGAAAUCGAUCGCGCCACCGAUGACUAUGUGAAAAUGAAAGAAGCCUUAACAGAAGCUGAUAAAAGUCACGCAGAAAAGUCGGCUGAAUGCAGUAUGUUGCGCGCUCAGUUAGCCAAUCUUUCCGAAAAGAUUGGUCAUCCUGAAGAAACAAAUAACCUUAUCAUGAGUGCUGUUGAACAGAAGAUUGAGGAAUGGAAAGAGAUACUGGCAGACAAAGACAUGGAAAUAGUUAAGCUUAAUGAACGAAUAAUAGAGUUUUCUCAGGAAUUGCGAGAUCUUAAAGCUGACUCCGAUAAAACCAGUGCACAAGCCCUGAUGAAGUCCAUAAAAGAUCGUGAUGUUCAGAUACACUCCCUAAAAAAACAACUUACGGAUGCUACAAAUGAAGUUGAGAAAAGCACAACUCUUUUAAACGAACUCGCGAAGCAAGCAAAUGAGAAUGAAUUUGAUCCUAGUAGUCGCAAAGCUGAACGUAUUGUUGUCCUUAGAAAACAACUUCAAGAAAAAGAAAACCUUAACGCCGAACUGGAGAAAAGGUUGGAGCUUGCUGAAGAAGCUGCUCAGUCUCAAGCCAACGAGGUAACUAUUUUAGAAAAGCAACUAAAACGUUAUGAAGAAGGAGAGUAUGGUUUAUCAGAAGCUAUUGCUGAAUUAAAAGCUACUAGAUUACAAUUAAACUCAAAAGAAAGACAAUUGGAAGAGGUUUGUCGUCUAGCAAGUCAAGCUGAAUCAUCUCUUAAUGAAAUAAAUUUAGAAAAUGAACAUUUAAGAAGUAAGCUUGGAAUACCAUUGAUUGAAAAAAUUGAUCUGAAUGGCUACCGUCGUCAAAAACGAGCAGAAGUUGAAGAAGAUCGUGCAGUAAAUAUAAUACUACAAAAAGAAAUCGAAAAACUAGAAGACGAAAGGUUGGAGCUGAAACGUAAACUACGUACACUUGCACGUCAGUUAGGCCAACAAUAUGGUUCAUCAGAUUUGCACGUGGAUGGAGUACUCUUAGGUAAUUUAAACCAAGUUAGUGAGGAAGUUAUGUCAACUCAGUCAGUUCGAGUGGUUUCUGCCUCUCGAUCUAGUCAGAAAACCAAAAGUUCCCCAACACAAGACGAACUAGCUGACCUUCCAGAAGUAUGGAAAGCAAGAUUCAAAGUACUUGAUGAGGAAUUAGUUCAAGCACUGAAGCAAAUAGAAGAAGAACAUAAAAAGCAUGAUAAACUAGAGACACGUUUGAAGCAAAUUACUGAAGCAAAUGUUCUGCUAGAAAGUGGUCUGAAGGAAGUUCAAAACCAGAUACACUCUUUUCAUAUUGAAUCAAAGAAUCAACGUGAUCUAAGUGAAGAAAAGAAACAAUCAAAAUCUAACAAUAUAACCAAAACAGAAAAAAGAGAAGUGGCCAAUAACAAGUUAAAAAUGAAGAAUGAAAUCAUUCAACUAGACUGUCCAUCUUUAGACAAAUUACUAGCUGCAUUAGACGCAAGAAACAUGGUUGGAGAUAUUGACUCUGGACAAUUUCUAAAGUCCAGAGUAGAUCAACUUGAAGGGGCAAAUCAGGAGCUCCGAUCAAAUCUUCGUGAUAUACGCAUGAGUAGUGCUUUAUAUGAGGUAAAACUGAACGAGGCACAUAAUCGAAUUAAACAGUUGGAGUCGCAGCUUGAAUCAGUUGAUCUCUUAAAUAAUAAUACACCAAGCCAAACAUUUAUUGAGGGUCAGUCACCUCUUCCAAAAGAUACUAACCCUGAUACAGCUAAAGUUAUUUUAUCACUAGAAGAACACUUACUGACAAUGAUGAAAGAUAUUAGUGAUAAAAAUACACAACUUGCCUAUAUUGACAAUCAAAUGGAAGCUGCAAGGAGAAAAUAUUCUGUUUGUAAACACCAUCAAGGUUUAUUGUAUCGGGACUUUUAUAAUGAACGCCAAGUAAGUUUGUGUAUUAGAUGUAAGAAUUUAUAUAAAUAA